GGACGAGGCCUGUUUGGCGGGCUUUCUGCUGGCGGGGCGCGCCCCCGCGGUCAGUGUUCGUCCGCCGGGCGCUCGGUUAAGGGAUGAUGUGGAACAGCGCGGGUACUUUUGAUGGUGGUUAUGGAAAUUCUGGAGAUGGUGCUGGAGGAGGAGGAGGAGGAGGAGGAUACAUGCAAUCGCCAGGAGGAUUUGGUUCUCAGGCUGGAGGUAGCCAGAGUGACAGAAAAAAUAGAUCCCGGACCCAGCAAAUUGUUCCAUGUACCGUGUCACAGCUGAUGUCGGCUAUACAAACAGAGGAUAUUUUCAGAAUUGGAGAAGUGGAGUUAUCGCAGGUAACCGUGGUUGGUGUGAUCAAAGACUCAGAAAAGGCCCCAACAAAUAUCCUGUACAAGUUGGAUGAUAUGACAGCACCUCCUAUGGAUGUGAGACAGUGGGUGGAUACUGAUGAAGCUGGAAGUGAGAAUAUUGUGGUUCCUCCAGGCACCUAUGUAAAAGUAGCUGGCCAUCUCCGAUCAUUCCAGAACAAUAAGAGCUUGGUAGCUUUUAAGAUAAUGCCUUUGGAAGAUAUGAAUGAAUUAACAUCACACAUGCUAGAAGUGGUGCAGGCACACUUGUUGCUAAACAAACCACAGUCUUUACCUGGGGGAUCUGCUCCAGCUUUGCGCACUUCAAUGCAAAAUGAAGGGGGUGCAGUUGGAAUAUAUGCUGGUGCUAAUGAUGCUCUGAUGAAUGGUCUAACAAAUCAACAAAGCCAGGUAUUGAAUUUAAUUCGAAAUUGUCGGGAACAAGAAGGCAUGAGCAUUGACUACAUGAAGAGAACGCUUAAGAAUAUGAACAUUGUUGCUAUCAAGCAAGCUGUGGAAUUUCUGAGCAACGAAGGACACAUUUAUUCUACAGUGGAUGAGGAUCACUUCAGAUCAACAGAUGCUGAAUAAAUGUGAAUCAAGGCUGUUUUUCGUAGAGGAACUGUUCCAAAACGUGCUGAGUUCAUCUCUUGGAUACUUCAUGAAGUGUGGGUAAACUUAAAUAGAAUUUGAAGGAGGAUACUGCUAUGCAGUUUGCUUAGGUUCUGUUUUAUAAUGUUAAUGCAGCAACUUGACUGAAGUGUUCUUGAACUUUCCAAAUAUCUCUUCUGUAAUAUUGCAGCGUGGUAUCUGAUUUGUAACUCUAUUGCUGUAAUAGACCGCUGCUACUACUUAGAUCUAAAAUGAAGAUAUAAAUUGUCUUAACACCAAGUCUCGUAAGCAUUUUUUGUUAGUUGUAUAAAGUUAAUAAUAAAUUACAUCAAUGUAUUUAGUUACUUAUUGCAAUCUGGACAAAUUCCAUGGUCACUGUUAUAUGAUACAUAACAAGAUCUGUAAAUGCCACAAAUCAUGAGCAUAUGUUAAAAUUACCAUGGUGUGAAUAGUGUGUUUCUCUUUCUCUUGGUCAUCUUAGUGGAAAAGGAGUGCUAAAUGUUGUUAAAUGCUACAAAGUUAUGUGGUCUAUGAGUUGGCCGGAAAAGUGUAGAGGAAGGUAGGUUUGUAGUUUGAAAGGCAAAUUUUAUAGCAGAUCUUCAAUGAAUAUGGACUGAAAUUAAAUUGAAGUAAGUAAAGACCAACAUAAAUCUGUCAGUCUCAUUGAAAUUUAGCUCUUUUGUUUAGCCCAUUAUUCCUCUAGGUUUUUUCUUUAUCUUUCCUUCUUAACUGUAUAAAGCUAUUUAGAAUUAUGAAUAAAGAUUAAACAAUAUUUUCAGUGAAGUGAUUGGAAUUCAUGUGAUUUAAAAAAAAAAACGUUAUCAAUAGUGUUAUAACAUGCAAUAAACCAUUUUAUAUCACAUUAA